CCAGGGCCGGGGAUGCGGAGGCGCCGCUGCUGCUGCUGCUGGGGCCCGGCGGCGCUGCUGCUGCUGCCGCUGGGGCUGGGCAGCCUGCUCGCCGCCAAAGGCAGUGAAUAAACACAAACCCUGGAUUGAGACGUCGUACCAUGGAAUCAUAACUGAAAACAAUGACACUGUGAUUUUGGACCCUCCCCUGGUUGCAUUGGAUAAAGAUGCACCUGUUCCCUUUGCAGGUGAAAUUUGUGCUUUUAAAAUCCAUGGGCAAGAAAUGCCCUUCGAGGCCGUUGUGCUGAACAAGACAUCUGGAGAAGGUUGGCUUCGAGCAAAGAGUCCCAUUGACUGUGAGCUGCAGAAGGAAUACACAUUCAUCAUCCAGGCCUAUGACUGUGGAUCAGGACCAGGUGGAACAAACUGGAAGAAAUCUCACAAGGCAGUAGUCCAUAUCCAGGUAAAGGAUGUCAAUGAGUUCUCCCCCGCAUUCAAGGAGAGCAUGUACAAGGCCUCAGUGACAGAGGGGAAGAUCUACGACAGCAUCCUGCAGGUGGAAGCCACAGACGAGGACUGCUCCCCCCAGUACAGCCAGAUCUGCAACUACGAGAUUGUCACCGCAGAUGUUCCCUUUGCCAUCGACAGGAACGGUAACAUCAGGAACACCGAGAAACUGAGCUAUGAUAAACAGCACCAGUACGAGAUAAUGGUCACAGCUUUUGACUGUGGGCAAAAGCAUGCAACACAAGAUGUCUUGGUACGAGUUAAUGUCAAACCCGUGUGCAAACCAGGCUGGCAAGACUGGAACAAACGGAUUGAAUACAGGCCUGGCUCUGGCAGCAUACCCUUGUUUCCCAGCAUCCACCUAGAAACGUGUGAUGGACCAGUGUCCUCAAUCCACACCACCAUUGAGCUGCAGACCAACUACAUCGGGAAGGGCUGUGAUCGUGAAACCUACUCUGAAAAAUCUCUGCAGAAAUUAUGUGGAGCUUCCUCAGGUGCCAUUGACCUGUUACCAUCUCCCAGUAUAACAACCAACUGGACAGCUGGGCUCCUCAUGGAUAGCAAUGACAUGAUUUUUAAAUUUGAUGGAAAGCAAGGAGCCAAAAUCCCAGAUGGAAUAGUCCCAAAAAAUUUAACUGAUCAAUUCACCAUCACUCUGUGGAUGAAACAUGGACCUAGUCCUGGAUUAAGAGCUGAGAAGGAGACUAUUCUCUGCAACUCUGAUAAGACAGAGAUGAACCGGCACCACUACGCGCUCUACGUGCACAACUGCCGCCUCGUGUUCCUGCUGCGCAAGGACUUCGACCAGGCCGACACCUUCCGCCCCGCUGAAUUCCACUGGAAGCUCGACCAGAUCUGUGACAAGGAGUGGCACUACUACGUGGUCAACGUGGAGUUCCCCGUGGUGACACUGUACAUGGAUGGGACAACAUACGAGCCGUACCUGGUGACCAACGACUGGCCCAUCCACCCCUCCCACAUCGCCAUGCAGCUCACAGUGGGGGCUUGCUGGCAAGGAGGUGAAGUCACCAAGCCCAGGUUUGCUCAGUAUUUCCAUGGCAGCCUGGCCAGUCUGACAAUACGGCCAGGGAAAAUUGAGAGUCAGAAAGUGAUUUCCUGUUUGCAGGCCUGCAAGGAAGGUCUCGAUAUUAAUUCUCUUGAGAGUCUUGGCCAAGGAAUAAAGUAUCACUUCAACCCUUCCCAGUCAGUUGUUGUCAUGGAAGGAGAUGACAUUGAGAAUAUAAAUCAAGCCCUCCAAAAGGUCUCAUACAUCAACUCCAGACAGUUUCCUACUGCAGGCGUACGACGUCUCAAAGUCUCAUCUAAAGUCCAAUGUUUUGGUGAAGAUGUCUGCAUUAGUAUCCCAGAUAUAGAUGCGUAUGUAAUGGUAUUUCAGGCCAAUGAGCCCAAGAUUACCAUAACUGGGAUGGACCAUUUUGCUAGACCAGCUGCACAGUUUGAAAGUGAAAGAGGUGUUAUUUUGUUACCUGACAUCAGGAUUGUCAGCACAGUCACUAAAAUGGAGCAUUCAGUGGACUUAAGAGAACAUGACAGAGCCAAUAAAAAAGUGGUAGUAGAGGAAAUGCUCCACAACUUGGAUUUCUGUGAUGUUUUGGUCAUUGGUGCAGAACUAGACCCUGAACAAGAGUGUUUAGAACUAGAUCAUGGGGAGCUUCAAGGAAAACAUCUAGAUGCCACAAAUUCCACUGCAGGAUAUUCAAUCUAUGGUGUGGACAGCAUGUUCAGCUACGAGCAGGUGCUGCGGCAGCUCCGCUACCGCAACUGGGGCACCUCGGCCACCUCAGGCAGGAAGUUCAGGGUCAAGUGCUCCGAGCUCAACGGGCGUUACACCAGCAAUGAAUUCAACCUGGAGGUUAAUAUUCUACACAGUUCCAACUCGAACUUCAUGGACCAUGUAAAUCACAUGAUAUUCCAGCCCCAAUUUCUCCAAUCUGUUCAGCACCCUGAGGGGAGUGUAAGUGCAGUUCACAGCUCAGUGGUUCCCAGCGUGGCCACGAUCGUUAUCAUCAUCUGUGUGAGCAUCCUGGUGUUGGUGGUGACACUGGGUGUGUUCCGGCUCCGCUCAGCCCGUCAGCACGGCUCCCUGGGCCAUGAGGGAACCAAGGAGAAUGAGAUGGACUGGGAUGACUCUGCUCUCACCAUCACUGUCAACCCCAUGGAGAAAUAUGAAAAGCCACACCAGACGGAAGAGGAGAGUGAGGAAGAAGACAGAGAUGAUGAAGAGGAAGACACAACCAGUGCUGAAUCAGAUGAUAGUGAAGAGGAGGAGGACGAGGAGGAAGAGGACGAGGAGGAAGUGAUUGUCCAAAAGGGAGACAAACAGAAUGCCACUAGGCAAGAGCAGUUGGAGUGGGAUGAUUCAACACUCCCCUACUAACAAAGAGCCCUCCAGCCACAGCUCUUUUGUAACAACCAAUACAAUGUUUUUUCAGAGUCUAUGAAUUCAUUAACAGGAUUUGAACUUCUGCUUGCCUAUAACUGUUUCGCCUAAAAUGAUCUUCUUGUAGUAAUUGAUAAUGAUAGAACUGACCCUUUUCUUACAAAGCCUGGAGGAAAGGUGGUACAAACCUCCUGGCACAUGCAGUAAUAAAGUAAUCCAGAACCUGAUCUGUUAGCAAGCAUAAUUCUCAAUUUCCUGUUUCUACCCUGCAGAUGUGUGACAAAAGUCCUGUCACUCAAUCCAUACAUGUUUUUGCCUUUGCUACUUUUUUCACACAGGAGAGAUUUCAGCUUGUUAUGUAGAAUAACUUCUGUGGGUCCGAAUACCAGUUGCCAUACAGCUUCACAUUUUUACAGGUGUAAAAAAACAAUCCACCUUCAAAUUGAGGCAGGGCUUUAGUGCUACAGGGGCUAAAUUCCAUCUAUCAUCUCGUCCUGCCUUUUGGAUAUUAACUGUCUUCUGCAAGGAAAUAUUUAGGACUUGACAGGGGAUGCAUGUGUGCUUAUGUAGACGUGGAUGGUGUAUUUUUUCAGGCAUGCUGUCAGACCCUCAAGAGAGGGAUUUUUAUCCAAUCUACCAAUAGAAAUUAAAAACAAGUUUAAGAAAAACAGCAACAAGAAAGGGCUGCUGAAGGUUAUUAAAAAAAACCCAGUCUGUGUUCACAGAUUGAGUAAUAUGGUUUUACGCAAACUGUAAAUUCUGAUGGGAUUGAUUCACUGAAAAUCUGUAGAGCUGCUCAUUAGUUAUGGAUUGAGCAAUUUGCAGAAAAUCAAUGCUUUAAACUGUCUGUCUCAUGGAACCAUUAGCUUGCUGCAGCAUCUUACUGAACUAGUGGAAAAUUAAUGACCCCAUUAUUCCAUAGCUAUGUAUGGCUGGGAUUUAAACAAUUAUUUUAGAUGAGGAAAACAUUCCCUUUUGCUUAGUGAGUACCAGCUGGAAUUCCUGUCUGACUAUAUUCUACAAAAACAUGAUGCCCUGUUUCUUCUGUACCCCUGCCUGCCUGUAGUGCACAAGAGAAAGGAACAACACUGUAAGUCCUCUUCUGUGCUCAUAAUUCUCCCUUAUUUCUUCUGCCUGAAGCCAUUAAUGUUGAGAGAAGGUUUUAUAAAGUAGGCAAGGAAAAAUAAAACCUACUUGGAACCAAUAUAGUUGAAAACAAAAACUAAAAUCUUAAGAGGUUUAGAGAGUAUUUUAGUUUGUUAUGGUAACAGCAUAUUUUUCUUAAACACUGUUUAAAAAGGAAAAGAAAAAGCAGAGCUACAUAUACAAUGUGUUGAUGAGUCUGUGUGGUGGGUUUUUCGUCCCCUUUUCCUUAAGUACCUUUCAACUGCUCUGUUUACCAAAUGCUGCAGCGCUUGCUGGGGUAGCUGCUCCAAUGCACAGAAACAAAAUGGCAGGGAAGAGAAUGAUGCUUAGUGGUUUGUCUGGGUGAUUUUCCUGAGUACUUCGUUUUCUUUGCAAUUUCAUCUUUGGCUUUUGCUUUUUUAAUCUGCUGUUUGAAAUGAGCUGCUCCCUCUUCUCCACACUCCCAGUCAGUCUUGCCACAGCAGGAUCUUCCUGAGCACCCUGAAUGGUGGUCAGUGUUGCAAAGGGUACUUGGAGCAGUCUUGAGGGUACCCACCUCCCUCAGUACUGGAUUAUUAACAGCUCCGGAAUGUUGUGGGAUAUAGGGAAUAUAUAGUGUGCUUGGGGGUUCUUGUAAUUCCAGUUUCUGCAUUUGGUAGCUGAAGGGAAAUACUGAGAGACACUGGGCCCUUUAGUUGAAUAUCUAGAAAGUAAAUGAAAGAAAAAUCUAUAUUAAUUUUAAAAUUAGAGAUAUUCAUGCUUUUAUUUGUUGUGCCAGAAAUCACAUUGUCACAUGGUUGUUAAGAUUGGCAAUAUAGCAGUUUUCUUUUGUUAUCAUUUCUGUUUCAUUUUAUUCUCUCACACAUAUUAAACUUAGAAGAAUAUUUGCAGAAUCAGGGCCACAUCUUAUCUGGAGGAAUAACAACUGUAAAAAUGUCCACAAUUUCUGUUUAAUACAAAAUAAAUAUUAACAUUUCUGAUUAUCUUGAACAAAAUCUUAUGUUAGAUCAGUUGCUACCAUCCUAGUAUCCUAGAUAAUUUCCCAGUUUUAAUUUUUUAGUGACAUGAAGCAGGCUCUUCAUGAUGCUUGUUAUCAGCACAUAUCAGCAAAUCUUUCCGCUCAGGAAAAAAAAAGAUUCAAAAUUAAAUGUAGGUAUCUAACAGUCAAUUUCAGAUUUAAAACUGGACUAAAAUUAUUUUAAAGUUUCUGUUGUUAUUAUUGUUGUUGUUGCUGUUGCUGUUAUCAUAGCAAACAUCAGGGCAACCUGAAAACAGCAAUUUACAACCUUAUUGACAACCUUUAAUUCUUUUAUAUGUUUGUGAAUUCACCAGUGUGUUUCUUCAUCUAAUAGACUUUUGUCUUUUUGCUACUGGAAGCAGAUCUUUUCAGGUUGUACUCGUACAUUACGCAAAAAGGAAACAAAGUAUUUUCUCUACUGUAAAUAAACCUACAUUUUUAAACCUAAAAAAAGUCAUACAGGCAUGUGUGUUAUCACUAAAAUUUGGUUUGCAGUAAGAUACUCAGCAAACUCAAAUGUAUCACUGUACUUAUUUUAGAUUACUCAUUGGAGUGCAUUAUGCAGCAUUUUUUUUUCAAAUAAAUAGAAACAUCCUUUUCACAGAAUGGCAGUGAGAAUGAGGUACUUCUUCACAAAAUGGGCCCUAGAAUAUUUGUAUAGCACUGAGAGCAGUGGUUUCCUGAGCAAAACUACAACUAGAAAAUCACAGAAAUACCAAUUUUUCUAAAACAAUUCUAAAAAUAUUGCCUCCCCUCCAGAAAUUAUUUUUUAAUAUAACCUACUGGCUUAAAAGCCAUGUAUACACGCAUACAUACAUAAAGACACACAUGUGGGGGUUUUUUGCCCUUAAUCAAAAUCCAAAAUUCUCUCCUUUUCUCCCUGAAUAAAGUGUUUAGAAAGUGUUUAGCAUGGUGUAAAACCAUUCAGGUUGGAAAAGAUCUCUAAGAUCAUUGAGCACUGCCAAGCCCACUCCUAACACGUGCCCAGGUCCCCCAUUCACGUGUGUUGGAAUUCCCCCAGGGGUGGUGAAUGUGCACUGCCCUGGACAGCCUCUUCCAAUACCUGACCAUCCUUUCAAUGAGGAAAUUUUCCCCAAUAUUCAAUCUAAACCUCCCCAGCACAUUUCAAGGCUGUUUGCCCUUGUCCUAUCACUUGUUACUUGAGAGGAGAAACCAACCCCAGCUGGCUGCAGACUGCUCUCAGGGAAUGGGAGAGAGUGAAAAGGCCCCUCCUGAGCCUCCUUUUUUGCAGGCUGAGCCCCCCCAGCUCCCUCAGCUGCUCUUCAUCAGCCUGGUGCUCCAACCCUUCCCC